CAACAAACACUACAAUGUCAUGAACUCUUCAACCACGCAACAUGGCGGUAUGCGGAAUCUGUCGAGAGGCCGAAUCGAAAUAUAAAUGCCCUUCUUGUAAAGUUCCAUACUGCUCUCUCGCAUGCUACAAGCCGCACAAAGCUGAACAUGAAGCAAAUCCCUUGCCGCCACCGCCGCCAGAACCCCCCGCCGCUACCACUAUCAUUCCCGAAAUAAGGCCCGAAGACAAAAGCCCCUUUUCCCCACUCUUAACAACACCCCUAACUCCCACGCUCCGAAAGCACCUCCUCUCAAUCCACGCCGCAACCAAGAAGCCCAUACACAACCCUAACUCAAGCUACCGUGGUCGCGGUGGUGGCAGGGGCAGAGGUGGAGGUAGAGGUGGACACGAAACCCGCGAGCGAGAAUGGACUGAAGAGCAGGAAACUAAAGCUGCUAUUGAAAAGCUCCGGAUGCUCCGGGAGGAGGGUAAUGAAGAGAUUGAGGAAUUCGUGCAGAUGGUAGUCGGUUUGGUAGAGAAGGAUCAGGGUGACACUCUUCAAAAGAGGUGAAUCUGGGUGCGCGUGUUGGCUAGUUUGAAGGGGGGUCUGAUGUGCUAUGGAUUUUUUUUUCCUUCAUUUUUUUCUGCCGGGCGGUGCGGAUACCGCACCAUCUCGUGUGGUCCAUUCCCCCCUUCCUUCCAGACCCCCGCCCGAGCCCGAGGGAGAGCCCGUAAUUGUGGUUUAUCGCAGUAGUUUUUUUUUGAGAGGCAGGGGACCGCUUGGCUCGCUAUCAAGUAUUGGUGGUGUAAUACUAGGUGAACUGCUGUGGGCUCCUGAGCAGCGAGCAUUCAUGUGUCCCCUUCCCUUCACCUCCAUGUCAUGCAUAAUGCUUGCGAUUAGCUCCAACAAAAGCACCAUAUUCUUAUGGGUGAUAUCAAA